UCUUCAACGAGGCGGCCGAGCGGGUUGGUGUUGGCCCCGUCGCUGACGGGCUGGUGGCGCCUGGGCCGGGGCCGGGAUGCGGCGGGAACCGGCGAGGGGACUGUAGGGGUCGCGGGUGCCGCUUCGGCGUUGCGCAUGCUCGGUGGAACUCGACAGCCGGGACCUGGGCGCGCGGCGGGCACGCGGCGGUCCGACCCGGGAGCUGCGGGCGGAAAGACCAAGAGCUCGGACUUUAACUACAGACAGACGCCAACAUGCAGAUCUUCGUGAAGACCCUGACGGGUAAGACCAUCACUCUUGAGGUCGAGCCCAGUGACACCAUCGAGAAUGUCAAGGCCAAGAUCCAAGACAAGGAAGGCAUCCCCCCUGACCAGCAGAGACUGAUCUUUGCUGGCAAACAGCUGGAGGAUGGCCGCACCCUGUCCGACUACAACAUCCAGAAAGAGUCCACCUUGCACCUGGUGCUGCGUCUUCGCGGUGGCAUCAUCGAGCCGUCCCUUCGUCAGCUUGCCCAGAAGUACAACUGUGACAAGAUGAUCUGCCGCAAGUGCUACGCACGCCUGCACCCCCGUGCAGUCAACUGCCGCAAGAAGAAGUGCGGCCACACCAACAACCUGCGCCCCAAGAAGAAGGUCAAAUAGAGCUGGGCCAUACCUGGCCUGUGACCCCGGGACCAAAUAAAGUCCCCUUCCAUCGACUGGAGCAGUAA